AUGAGUGGCACCUAUCAGGGCGUCCAAAAGAUACUGAUGUUAAUCGAAGGUGACCUGCCAGAGAGGCAACGAACACUCAUUGAUUUGUUCAAAAAGAUUCGUUUCACAGAUAUUCUCCUACCUGUUCCCGAAAGUGGCUUAGGCCUGCCAAAACAGUUUGAUGAUCGUCCCGCAGAUAAGCAAAGAUUCCUCAAAGAACAGAAAUGGGCUUUCGAAAUCUAUCCAGGACAGCCCGGCACUGUGGUCAAAGGCCACCAAGGCAACUCGCAGCAUUACCGCGUGGAUAGUCUUGACGCUGUGGUCAAUGAUCCUCAAGGCUAUCUCAACCAUUAUCAUGUUGGCAGCAAAGUCAUCAUGGAGAGGUACCUCGGCAGAAAUGCUGAGGACGAGGACACGAUUGUAUCCACUUAUAGGGGCCGUCGCCAUAAGCAAGAUAAUCAAUUGAAGGGCAGGGGCGGAUUUGGCUCAGUCUUCCAGGUGAAGAUAAGAGGCGUACAUUUGGCUAUGAAGCUGAUUGUCCGACCCAGAUCACGACGUCCCAACAAUGACCCCAGCAGCUCCUCGGGCUCAGACGAUGAAUCGUUCUGGUCCGAACAAAAGAUUGUUGGCAGAGAAGGCCAACAUGGGCCCAUCGGAUACCCGGAUAAACAACAAAAGUCUUUUGAGGAUGAGGUGUUUGUCCUUCAGAGCAUUGGGAAGCUUCCACUAGCAGACAGGAGAUUGGCCAGAAUCCGAGAAAAUCAUAUCAUCGAAAUCCGGGCUGCCUUCACCGAUCCACAAGCAUUCGGAGUGCUUCUUUCUCCAGUAGCAUUCUUCAACCUGCAAACACUACUAGACCGGAUUUCAGACAGCGAAAAAGGAUCGUUCAGCGAGUCGGAUCCAGCCGUGACAUUUGAGAGAAGCCAGCUGCCAAGAUGCUUGGGAUGCCUUGCCGCAAGCGUGGCAUUUCUCCACAAAUCCAAGAUUCGCCACAGGGACCUGAAGCCAAAAAAUGUUCUCAUUGUCCCGAGCGAUACUAACAGUGUUGGCUGGAAAAUAUGCUUGUGCGACUUUGCAACCGCCAUCAUUGCGCCGGAGAGUGGUGGACCACGCAGGGGAGCCGACACAGAACGAGCUGUCAUCCAUCCAUGGACCCGAGACUAUAAAUCUCCAGAAAGGCAUUUUGGACUCCCUCGUACUAUGUCGGAGGAUAUGUGGCACCUUGGCUGCAUCUUCCUGGAGGUCUUUAUCGUGAUAAAGGGCACAACACGGAAGGCUCUGCAGGAAAUCUUUGAGGAGAGAGAAGCGAAACGCGACACGGAGCUGCAGCUUUAUGGCAUGACCUGCAGCAAAGAUAAAUUUCGAAAAUGGCUAGGCGAGCGUAAAAGUGAUUCCGGGGAAACAAUUGACUUCGUUAUCGACUGGAUAGAAGACCUUCUGCUUGCAGAAGGGCCAGAUUACCGUCGGAUUACGAGUGACCGCCUGUUGGAAUUAAUUCACCCAAAGAACGCUCAGGGUCGAAUUCUUUUCGAGGAGUGCUGCCGCGACUUCUUCAGCUGUGACGAAGGUCAUGUUCAGGAAGGACUUGUUAGGGGAGAUGAAGGUGUCAUUUUCUGUACAGAAAUUCGAGAAGCAACACUCACCCCAGCAGAAGACCAAUGUUCCUUGCAGCCCAGACUUCUGGCUGUAAUCAGUCCCCGCAUGCCGACUUUCGAACGUCGACUGGUCCUGUGUGACGAUGCUUGGCCGUUUCCAAAGCCUGAUAGAUUCAGGGAAGCCUGGCUGCCGGUGACGGGCAUAUUCAUCACGCGCAGCGAGGGACUCGCGUCAGGGAAAGUGAUCGUGAGAUGGUCAGACUUCAAUCAGCCGUGCGAGCGUGAUGCGUUGGACUACAAGAAGGAGUACUGGCUGGGUUUUAAACCGUGGGAUCCCAACCGUGUGCUGGAUGUCACGUUUAAAAAGCCAGAUCAUGCUAUUCGGUUCAUUUCUAUCCUUACUUCCGCCGAACAUGUGGCCAGAGGCGCCCAACAGCUACCGAUCGACAAUGUCCCAGCGAAAUACGAUUUCAGACUCAAGAAAACUCCGGACGAAGCUAGCAACUCGACCGUUGCGAGGUUCAAACAGCGAGAGCUACAGGAACUCACUCUACAGCUGAGCACUUUUGAAAGCAGUGGAGUGGAUAGGCUCCGCAUCAUCAGUCCGCCAGCCUCUAAUGUGACAUUUUCCGGGAAGAACUUCCACGGCAUGGUCAAAGAGUUAACUGGUUGGAAUCUGUUGAUGAUGUGUAGCGUGUCGGGUUUCGACACGAUAAGAAGCAUUCGGGCCAACAAGUCCCAAGGACCUGGUCUUCUGACGCUGUGGAAAUCAGAAACGCAAAAGAUAGUAUGGCUUGCAGCAAGGCUGGAGGACUCUCGUCUUGGACAUGGAAAAUGGUGGUAUGGGCAAGUAAACGAGAUUCCGGCGAUGAAACGUCACAAGAAGAAAGUCGAAGUAAAAGUGGUGAAUUUCCAGAUGUGCGGGUCUUACCUUAAUACAGAGCAUUUUAACCACACCGGCGAUCAUACCAAACAUAUCGUAAUCACAUUCCAUGAGGAAGAGGAAUGCAUAUUUGUCGGAACUGUUAGAUUCCAAUGA